AUGCAGCCACGACCGCAGCAGCAGACGCAGCAGCAGACGCAGCAGCAGCAGCAGCUGCUGCUGCUGCAGCUCCUCGGCGUCUUUUCUCAGUAUCUGCUGUUUGAGCUCAUGAAAGCCGAAACUGCUGUUAUACCACCAGAUCAAGGCGGUGCAGCAGCAGCGGGAUCAGCAGCAGCAGCAGCAGCAGCAACAGCAGCAGCAGCAGCAGCAUUGCUGCACAGCCGCACAGCAGCAGCAGCAGCAGCAGCAGCAGCAGCACAUACAGCAGCAGCACGAAGCAGCAGCAGCAGCAGCAGCACAUACAGCAGCAGCACGGAGCAGCAGCAGCAGCAUGACAUACAGCAGCAGCACCAGCCCAUACAGCAACAGCAACAGAUACAGCAGCAGCAGCAGUCCAUACAGCAGCAGCAGCACAUACAGCAGCAGCAGCACAUACAGCAGCAGCAAGACACACAGCAGCAGCAACAAUCCCUUUUUAUGAGAGAGGUUCAAGAACAGCAGCAGCAGCAGCAGCAGCAGCAGCAGGCAGCAGCAGCAGCAGCAGCAGCAGCAGGAGCAGCAGGAUGUUCGAGUUCGUCUCUCGUGCUGCAGCUGCAGCAGCGUCUGCAGCAAGAGGACCCAGCAGCAGCAGCAGCAGCAGGAGCAGCAGCAGCAGGGGGUGCUGAGGUGCUGCGGCUAGAAGAGGUGUCUGUACACUCCGGUGCUGCUGUGCUGCUGCAGCGCGUGUCGCUGCAGCUGCAGCAGAACGAGAAGCUCGCGCUGCUGGGCAGCAACGGGGCGGGGAAAACCACCUUGCUGCAUGCAAUUGCUGCUGCAGCACAGCAGCAGCAACAGCAGCAGCAACAGCAACAGCAGCAGCAGCAGCAGCAGCAGCAGCAGCAUGGAGACUCAGAGCAGCGCGGCCAGCGCCAGCGCCUCAGCAAGGCCGCACGCAGACAGCUGCGGCGGCUGUCGCCGCAGCAGCAGCAGCAGCAGAAGCUCGAGCGUGAGCAGCAACAGCAGCAGCAGCAGCAGCAGGAACUGCAGCAGCAGCAGCAGCAGCAGCAGCAGCAGUCGUUUAAGAUGAACACAGGAGAUGUAUCGGGGCGCGUUGUCUUCCGCUGCUGCCCCUCUCGUGUUGCGCUGCUGCAGCAGGAAGGCCUUGAGGGCUUAGCUGCUGCUGCUGCUGCUGAGACAGUAAGAGAAGCAGCUCGUUCGCACCUGCAGCAGCGGCAGCAGCAGCUGCAGCAGCAGAUACUGCAGCAGCAGCAACAACUACAAACACUCAUCAAAGGACAAGGCCGCAGCAGCGAAAGCAGCAGCAGCAGCAGCAGCAGCAGCAGCAGCAGGAGCAUGGAUACAGGGGACCAAGCGGUGAUGGCAGCAGCAGCACAUCUGUCGUUGCUGCAGCAGCAGCAGCAGCAGGAAGCAGAUGAGGAGCGAUGGAUAGACACUGUGCUGCACCACGUGGGGCUGCAGCAGCAGCAGCAGCAGCAGAUAUCGACGCUUAGCGGGGGGCAGCGCAUGCAGCUGCUGCUGGCGAAGGUAUUGAUAGAAAGGCCUUCGUUGCUGCUGCUGGAUGAGCCUACAAACCACCUAGAUGCUGCUGCUGCUGCUGCGCUGCAGCAGCUGCUGCAGCAGCUGCCGCUCCCUAUGAUAAUUGCUUCGCAUGACCUGCAGCUGCUGCAGCAGGUGUGCAGCAGCGUGCUGCUGCUGCAGCGGGGCUGUCUCGGGGCCAAGUAUAUGGGGUCUGUGUCUGCGUUUCAGCAGCAGCAGCAGCAGCAGCAGCAGCAGUGGCUUGCAUCUACGAAGAAGCAACUGCAGCAGCUGCAGCAGCUGCAGCAGAAGCUGCAGCGACAGCGAGCCCCACCAACUGCAGCACAGCAGCAGCUGCUGCAGCAGCUCAAGCAGCAACCCCCGCCCCCUAUACAGCCAACCAAAGCCCCAGUCUUCCUGCUGCCGCAUGCACCGCAAAGAGCAGCAGAAAUACUAGCACUCAGAGGCUGCACUAUCACCAUCGCCCCCAAACUCCAGCAGCAGCAGCAGCAGCAGCAGCAGCAGCAGCAAAUGCUGCAGCAGGAACAGCAACAACACCAACCACAACAAAAGCAAAUGCUGCAGCAACACCCGCACCAGCAACAGCAGCAUGAACAGCAGCAACAACAACCGCAGCAGCAGCAGCACCAGCAGCACCACCAGCCGCAGCAGCAACAACCACCGCAGCAGCAGCAGCAGCAGCAGCAGCAGCAGGUUAAAGAGGUGCUGCGUGACGUGACGCUGGUGGUGCGGCGGGGCAGCAAGAUAGCCAUCAUAGGGCCCAACGGCAGCGGCAAGACGACGCUGCUGCGGGCUCUGGCGGGGCGCGUGCGGGGCGAGCAGCAGCAGCAGCAGCAGCAGCAGCAGCAGCAGCAGCAGGAGCAGCAGCAGCAGCAGCAGGAGCAGCAGGAAGUGGUUAUUGCUACAGGAGAAAGGAGCUGUGCUGCUUCGCUGCGCUCACGUUUGCUGCUGCUGCAGCAGCACCAUGCGGAUGUGCUGCCGCUGCAGCUGACGCCGCUUGAAGCCUUACGGAAUGCUGCUGCUGCUGCAGCAGCAGCAGCAGCAGCAGCAGGUGCUGCAGCAGGAGCUGAUGAUGAAGCAGCAGACAUAGAAGCACAGGCGCGUGCUGCUCUGGGUCGUGUAGGCCUCAGGGGGCCCCUGCUGGGGGCCCCCCUGCGGCAGCUAAGCGGCGGAGAGAAGGCGUUGUUUAGUAUAGUACAGGGGCUGCUGCUGACGGGGGAGACGGGGUUGCUGCUGCUGGAUGAGCCCACGAACCACCUGGAUGCUGCUGCUGCUGCUGCUCUUGCUGCUGCAGUCAAAGCCUUUCCCGGCACUGUAUUGUUCGCUACACAUGAUGAGCAUUCAUCGCUGUCUCCUGUAUUUAUAUAUUUCUGUCUCUGUAUCCAGCAGCAGCAGCAGCAGCAGCAGCAGCAGCAGCUGCUGCUGCUGCUGCUGCUGCUGCUGCACUCUACGCUGCAGCAAUACCCCUGUGCUUAG